AUGGAGAGUUUCCAUAAUAGAUCCUUUUUGGCUAAUGCCACGAUGCCGGUUACUCACACGUUGACAGAGGUGAAAUGGACACCAUCGCUGAUUGGCCAGGCAGUCGUGUUUGGUCUGUCGUUCGUUUCUAACGUUGUUGUGUUCGUCGAAUUUGUCCGCGUUCCAUCCCGACUAACGCCAUUCACAAUGUACCUGCUGGUGUUAUUAGCCACAAACAUUGCGUUUCUCAUCUCCGUCCCCCUGAUCGAGAUGCUGAAUGAGUUAUAUGGCCACUGGUGGAUGGGACGAGUAUGGUGCAAUAUUCACAACUAUUUCAACGGGGUCGUAUCUGCUGCCCAGAUUUGUGUCCACGUCACCAUUUCCAUCAACCGCUUGUGGGCCGUGCACUAUCCCAUUUCCUACAAAAAUCAUCAUAACAAAAAAGUCGCACUAAUCACUAGCUUUGCGGCCAUCGCGUUUGCCAACGUGGUGGGACUACCUGGUUGCAUCAGAGAUGCGCUGUAUUUCUCUAUUGACCUCAAAUAUGGCUGCCACAUCAAUUACUCGGCGCAGAUGCUAUGGGGUCAAAUUCAGCAAACACUACUUCACAUUCUACCUUUAGUAUUUAUUAUCAUAGCAUAUAUCCAUUUGUGCGUUAAUCGAAUUCGGCGGAAGCGCAAGCUACAGGAUCACUCGAGCAGUGGUUCACGGAACGCGGCCGCUACCGCCGCGGAUGCUGGUGCUACCAGUGCAGAAAAGAACAAGACAGGAAAAACCACAAAGGAGGCUGUCAAGCCAUUUUUAGUGUUGUCGCUGACGGCGAUCAGCGUUACUAUCUGUUGGACGCCGGCUGUUAUCUAUUUCGGAGCUAUUAUCUUCUCCGGCUCAUGGAUGUCGGGCACUUUCUUCAUUGUCUCGGUGACCUUUUAUUCCCUGCAGGCCUUAGUGGAUCCGUGGCUGUUUGCCUUUGGUUUGUUGGCGGUCAAGAAAAACUGGAACUCCAUCCGCUGCCCAGGCUGUUAA